ACAGGAAUAAUAAUGUAUUUGUGGCCUUGGACGUGAAGCAGUCAGUCUUCUGUUGCUAUUAAAUAGCGUCAGGGACUGAUGUUGUGGGAAGCAUGGACCUAAUGAACGGGCAGGCAAGCAAUGUUAAUAUUGCUGCUACUGCUUCUGAGAAAAGUAGCAGUUCUGAAUCAUUAAGUGACAAAGGUUCUGAAUUGAAGAAAAGUUUUGAUGCUGUGGUAUUUGAUGUCCUUAAGGUUACACCAGAGGAAUAUGCGGGUCAGAUAACACUAAUGGAUGUUCCAGUAUUUAAAGCCAUUCAACCGGAUGAGCUUUCAAGUUGUGGAUGGAAUAAAAAAGAAAAAUACAGUUCUGCACCAAAUGCAGUUGCCUUCACAAGAAGAUUUAAUCAUGUAAGCUUUUGGGUUGUUAGAGAGAUUCUUCAUGCUCAAACAUUAAAAAUUAGAGCAGAAGUUUUGAGCCACUAUAUUAAGACUGCUAAGAAGUUGUAUGAGCUGAAUAAUCUUCAUGCACUUAUGGCAGUGGUUUCUGGCUUACAGAGUGCCCCAAUUUUCAGAUUGACUAAAACAUGGGCGUUAUUAAGUCGAAAAGACAAAACCACCUUUGAAAAACUAGAAUAUGUAAUGAGUAAAGAAGAUAAUUACAAAAGACUCAGAGACUAUAUAAGUAGCUUAAAGAUGACACCCUGCAUUCCCUAUUUAGGUAUCUAUCUGUCUGAUUUAACAUACAUUGAUUCAGCAUAUCCAUCAACUGGCAGCAUUCUAGAAAAUGAACAAAGAUCAAACUUGAUGAAUAACAUCCUUAGAAUAAUUUCUGAUUUACAGCAGUCCUGUGAAUAUGAUAUCCCCAUGUUGCCUCACGUCCAAAAAUACCUGAACUCUGUUCAGUAUAUAGAAGAACUGCAAAAGUUUGUGGAAGAUGACAAUUACAAGCUUUCAUUAAAGAUAGAACCAGGGACAAGCACACCACGUUCUGCUGCUUCCAGGGAGGAUUUAGUAGGUCCUGAAGUAGGAGCAUCUCCACAAAGCGGAAGAAAAAGCGUGGCAGCUGAAGGGGCCUUGCUGCCGCAGACCCCGCCGUCCCCUCGGAACCUGAUUCAGCACGGACACAGAAAGUGCCACAGCCUGGGUUACAAUUUCAUUCAUAAAAUGAACACAGCAGAGUUUAAGAGUGCAACGUUCCCAAAUGCAGGGCCAAGACAUCUAUUAGAUGAUAGCGUCAUGGAGCCCCAUGCACCAUCUCGAGGCCAAGCUGAAAGCUCUACUCUUUCUAGUGGAAUAUCAAUAGGUAGCAGUGAUGGCUCUGAACUAAGUGAAGAGACUUCAUGGCCUGCUUUUGAAAGGAACAGAUUAUACCAUUCUCUCGGCCCGGUGACAAGAGUGGCACGAAAUGGCUAUCGAAGCCACAUGAAGGCCAGCAGUUCUGCGGAAUCAGAGGAUUUGGCAGUACAUCUAUAUCCAGGGGCUGUUACUAUUCAAGGUGUUCUCAGGAGAAAAACUUUGUUAAAAGAAGGCAAGAAGCCUACAGUAGCAUCUUGGACGAAAUACUGGGCAGCUUUGUGUGGGACGCAGCUUUUCUACUAUGCUGCCAAAUCUCUAAAGGCUACAGAAAGAAAACAUUUUAAAUCAACAUCGAAUAAGAAUGUGUCUGUAGUAGGAUGGAUGGUGAUGAUGGCUGAUGACCCAGAACAUCCAGAUCUCUUCUUGCUGACUGACUCUGAGAAAGGAAAUUCGUACAAGUUUCAAGCAGGCAGUAGGAUGAAUGCAAUGCUGUGGUUUAAGCAUUUGAGUGCAGCCUGCCAAAGCAACAAACAACAGGUUCCUACAAACUUGAUGACUUUUGAGUAAAAACGUCAUAAAGAACAAGGUGAACUGUUACCCUAAGUGAAAGCGAGGACCUGAUGAAAGAGUGCCAGCUACAAACCAAUCCUGUGCCAGGCAGAGCCCAGAGGCUCCGUCUCAGCCUCUGGAGUCCUGAACCAAAAAAGCACUAAUUUCAGGGAACGAAGUGAGAUAUUCCCAGAGAACACAUCAGAGCUGUAAAACAAACUGCCGUGGACCAUGCUUCUUAUCUCUGAACUGACCUGUGGAAACCACUGCCUUAAUAGAAUGAAAGGAAAACCACCAUGAAACACCAAAUAGUGCGUGUGAAUCUCCUGGCGGUGCUGUGCUUGGAAUAGAUCGUAGCUAAUUUGCAUUUCUUUUAACUUUGUACUAAUUUUGGAGGGGGGAAUCGCCUUUUUUUAGAUACACUUUAAAAGGAAAAACAUAUUUCUUAUGGGUGACAUCAGGAGCUGGUUUUGAACAGAAGUGUGAAGAUGUUUCAGCUUAGUAGGGUUCUACCAGCCAUCUCGCCAAAAGGUUUGCUUAAGCCUCCAUGAGUCAGCAGCCUCAACAUGCUUUCUCACAGCAAGAGUGUAGGAAUUAGAAAUGUUAAUAAUGUGAGUUGUUGGGGUUUGUUUGGGACUGGGGUGGGGGGGUUGUUUUGUUUUGGAUAGGGGAGUUGUUUUUUUUUUAAACACUAAACUUCUGAAAUUUAGUACUGUAUGGGGUACAUUAUUUCCUGCUGGAGGUAUAAAGGCUGAGUGUUCACAUGCCAGACACUUUUUUCAAGUGGGCUCCAGAAAACAUGGUUGUUUUUAACUGGGUUUAAAGUUUGGCCUUCUAUAUGAAUUCAUUGUUGGACCACAGAUCUGCUUGGUAGAGAACUGUAAUCCCAACCUAAACUUUUCUAAGAAGAUUUUACAGUAACUACAGUUUUCAACUUUAAGUGGAUUAUCCCUUCUGUCACUCACAGGUGAUUUUUAUCAUCAAGGGUGAUGUAUCAAUAUUUUAUUAGGAUAUUUUCUUUUACAGUGUUUAAUGUGCACAAUGCCAGUUAUUUUUUUAUUAUUUUCAUUAUUUUUGUUCGGUAUGAGAUUCAGGAUCACAUUUGUUUAAAAGAGAAUCUACAUGUGUUUGUAUGCAUGUAUGUAUUUUAUUAUAAGGGAUACAGAAUAAUUUUCAAAGGGAAAAAGGUGAAAGAUUGAGAGGCUGGAAAUUUUGAGUAUCAAAACUUUCCUUCCUACUUAACUUUCCUUUAUCACAAACAUUUUUCUCAAAAUUUACUAUAGGUCCUUACUGUGAAACCAUAUUUUGUUAAUAGUUGAUCAAGAGAGUUUUGUGAGAGCUCUUUUAUGCAAUAAUGCAUUUAACUUCCAAAAUAAAUGUUGAGUUUAAAAAAAGGAGGAAAAAAAAGUUUGGAGGUGAAAUACCUUAGAGUUUUAACCAAAAAGAAGAAGAAAAGGGCACCUGAACAAAGGUUGUGUGUUGGAUGUUAUAAACUCAUGAGGCAGCAUGAAUUUUGCCUGUGGCCCAGAGUAAGAAGUGCUUUUUGACUGAUAACUUCUAAUAGAUUUCUAUUACUUUGGGCCUCACAUAAAAAUUUUCAGAUUGUAUUCUAGGGGAAUUUUAUUCCUUUUCCUUUUUAAUCAUAAGUAUUUCAUCCUUGAAUCCAUGAAACUCACAUAGAAAAUAUUGCUUGUUAGAAUAAUUAAAAGUAUAUCCAUUUGGAAAGUAGAAGAGCUUUCUCAGAUUACUAAAUUUGUAAAUUUUGUUUUCUGUUUGAAAAGGAUAUUAAGAGUUCAAAUAUUUUUCUCACAUAGUACAGUUAGAAAUACCAUUAUUUCUGGUUUUGUGGAAAAUGACAUGAGCUGGCGAGGGCAGGGAUGUGGGUGAGACCUUCCAGCAUAGCCCAUGCUGGGCGCGGAGAAGACCCCCUCUGCAUAACCAGCGUAGCAGUAUUAUCUCUGAGACCUUGCACAUCUGACUUUUGUUUUAAUUUUCUUAACUUGUUUAUUUCUUUUCAGAAAUAAGUGUUUUUAACAGUGUAUGUGCUUUUUAAAACACAUUGUGGAUGAGAACCCUGUGGAUUUUUUAUUACCUUGUCUGUUUGUCAUAAAUAAGCUAAAGUAGAUUAAGUGGUAGGCUAACCGUAUUGCUGAAGAUGGGCAGUUGGAAGUCAGAGCCUGACAGCACACAGUUUUGCCAAAGAGAGAGCUCAACUGGAAGACAUGUUUGAUAUUUUCAGCCCUAAACACAAGGCUGCUUGUGCAGAGUGAGAACAGGGUUCAGAUUUGGUAACUAGACCACACAUAGAUUUGUGGCCUCUGACUGACUGAAACUCUGAAUGGUGCAGCGGAGGUCACCAUUGUUUUCUUGUCUCCAGAUUUGUCCAUUCAAAAGCUUGCUUAUUGCUUUUUAAGGAUACUUUAGCAUUUGGAGCAAAGAGAAGACCAGUGGGAGAAGUGAAUUAAAAUAGUGUGGGUGAAUUUUUGACCUUUAAUUCACCAAAUGAGACCUAAUAAUAAUUCAGGCAAAAAUAAAUACUACAAUAUUAAAUAUUUAGGCAUUGUGUUAGUGAGAAGAUGAAAUUUUUCUCCUCUUACUAGGCCUACCCUUAAUAAAUUUCUAAACUAGCACCUCACAAGCUUGAAAUUUUCACCAAUAGUAAGCCCAUUUUUUUCUCUCUGAGUCAAGAAAAACUCAUUGGAAAUUCCAUUAUAAUUUAAAUUUAAGCUAGUUUUUGAUAAGCAUAAUGAUUGGUAUAUUAUCCAGCCUGGUGCAGCAGUAUAAUACCAACCAAAAUACAAUUUGAGGCACAUCUCAUUUAACAGUUUGUUUGAACAUGGAAGCUUAUUUUUCAUGCAAAAGUAACCUCUAACAGUUUUUAAAAUGCAACUAUAAAAAUAACUGUAUGAUGACCUUGAGGAGCUCUGAUUUUGGUCUCAUGCCCCCUCUGUGUGUGAGUUCUGCUUAUUUUUUUCAGAGACAUUACUUUUACCAUAACCUCCAAACUGUAAAAAUUAAAAGAACCAAUCAAACACACCUUCCUAUUACAUUUUCUUCACUGUGUAAAUAUUAUUUGUGCAAACAUUAUGAAAAGGGAUCCAAACAAUUUGAGUCUGAGUAUUUUUUUCCUCCCCAGGCAUAUGCUUCAGUGAUAAAUGUUUUCCUGUGCGGAAAAUGCCAUAUGACUGUUGUGCUACCUUCUGUAUGGACUGUUUUGGUAUUGUAUCUUUCUGUAUGUCAAGAACUUGGGGUGUUUGUAGCUGCAGAGUUUCUGUAAGUGGCUUUAUUCCUCUUCUAGAAGGUUUAUAAAGGAGCCCAAUGUGCACUGUUACAGAAGGGAAAAAUGUUUACAGUCUCUAGUGUAUACACCUUGUAUGUUAGUUGAAACCAGGGCCCGCCAAGAGCAGCCUGGCCUAUUGCUCUCUUAGGAUUACUAGAAUUCACUUGGCCAAAUGAUUUGAGCAGAAGUCUCUCUUUUUUUUUUAGGUUAAAUCUGUAGUUAUAGAUGACUUUACUGCUAAAAACAAAACUACAGGACUUGGUAUUAGUUUAAAAAUCAAUAAUAGUAGAUUUAACCCAUUAACUAUCCACUCUUGAUUUCCUUCCUGUUUUCUGAGACAUGGUCCUUUUCAGUGUUCUUUUAAACCACCAUAUUUUCUUUUUUUUUUUUUUGCAAACAAGAGGUACCAGUAUUGUUAACAGAGGAUAAUAUCAGUUUUUUAAAAAAUCAUCUGCCUCAAAGACUUUUGAAAUAAUUGGAUCCCUUUUUGAAAAUGAAUUUGACUGUGUCCUGGUGGAACAAUAGUACUGCUGGUGCAUGAAUAGGUGAUACAAAGCAAGUGGUGAGAUUUGUCUGACUUCUUCAGUGGUCUUUUAGGGUUUGCUUUUAUUUUCUGUCUCUCUUCUUUUAUAUUAUUUCUCUCAAACAUAGUAAAUUUAUAAUUUUACAGCCAGAGUAGUAUUCUGUUUUCUUAUAACAAACAUUGUUAUUUAACACAUUGAUGAUAAUAAUUUUCUGUGUGAAGUCAGCAUCUUUUGGUUUUGCUUCCUUAAAAAUGGCUUGUGUCUAAGGUGACUGGUUUUUUUCCCCCCCUAUUUAGAGGAUUCUAACAAAAGAGAUCUGUUUGAGCAAACUUUUAAGCUUUUUGAAAGCUAUUUCAUUACACUGGUUUCUCAAGUUGUAGUGCGGGGAAAAUUUGGUCAGUGCCUUAUCAAUUUGAAGACCAACUUUAGGGCAUCGAGUGUGACAAUAAUCAUUUGUCCUCUUACUUCUCUUAUUUCAGGAGUGUGUGCUAUUCCUCUCUCCACCAGCUUACUCUUGCUCAUAGCAAGUCUAAGAAAAUGCGUGCAGAUCGUUCUAGGUUAUUGUCACAUUCCUCCUUGGCUUUCAGUCUUUUCAGACAAGCUCCUUCCCUGCUCCUUCUCCUUCCAGGGUAGAAGAUUAAAAAUAAACCCUCCAAAUCAGCCUCUAGAUGAAACAUGCCUAAGAGCAACUUUGAAGAACAUCCAUCCAGCUGAGUUUAUUUUUAUUUUGUGUUGUUGAAAUUGUUUUGAGCAUAGAUUUAAUUAUAAGUCCUUUCAGAAAAUCCUUAAAAGAAUACAGUACAGCCAGAAAGAUUUGUUUGGGUUCUAUAAAAGCUGCUAAAAUCCUGAAAUGAGAGUUCCUUUGCCCAGAAGUGAGAUUUAGUUCAGUACAUUCUUACAGUUAACAGGACUCAGAACAACAAGCAGUCACUUCACCUACCAGUUGUUGUUUACUUGAAGAUACUAUGUCCAGAAAGUGAAAACAACUACAAGGUAUAAAUUAAAGAGAAGUUAAGAGGCUAAGCUAGCUUUCUCAGUAAAAACAAAGUAUGGAAACAUUUUGCUUCUCUGAGAUUAUUGUAAGAUCUAGAAAUACUGUUCAACUGAGUCAAAAUGCUAUCUUCACAUUUUGGAAAGGGCUAGUAUGUUCUCGACAAGUAAAUUUAGUCUUUAAAGCCAAAUGAAGGGAUAACUGGUCCUUGAAGGUUAUUAGUAGGAUUUAAAGUUUGAUUCUAGUCAUUUGGACUGCAAAGUGGUGAUGGGAUUAAAGGAAUACAUAAUUAGAAUGCUUAGGGAAUGAGCUUUUUUUUUUUAAAUAGACAAGUAGAAAGUUUCAUAAUUAGCUAUGCUUUAGAUACCAGGUAACAAGUAUCAAUUUUCCCAUGAAGAUAUCACCUAUUAAAACUAUUCACAGAAGAUAGUCCAAUAAUUAUUGACUUACUAAAUCUAACAGAGUAGCUGAUAAUAAGUCACCAGACUCAAGAGUUUCUAUACCUUGAUUAUUGACAAAUCCAUUGUUUUACAGCUGACCGAAGUAUGUAGUGUGGGGAGGGGGUGGGGAACUCAUUCACAGUGUAAUCUAAAGGCGACAAAGGCAUCUGUGGGGAUGAAUAUCCAAUAAUGAUAAUAUACAGGAAAACACAAGCCAUUUUUACUCUCCUUCAUCCCGGUUAAAUUGAGGUACUAAAGAUGAAGUACUCAUUUGCACAAUGACCUCCUAGAGUGACGUGCAGCUUGGUUCCUCUCUCACCUUUGAUUUCUGUUUAAUAUGCAAAUGUGAGUGUGAGAUCUUAAGUGUGUUUGCAUAAGCUAACUUAAAAUGAAUUUAAAUACAGUUUUCUGAAAUAUUUCUAUUGGAAUAAAUUACUUAAAAAUAUAGAUUGUGUGGGGAUAAUUUGUUUGCAUAGUUACAUUUUUAUCAUUAACUUUUAAAGAAAUGCUUUAAGUUGAUUUUUUUUCCCCCACUCUUUCUAGAAUAGUUGACAAGAAUUUUGUUGGUACAGGGAAGCUUCUGUCUGGGUAAACUUCAGGUGCUCUUCUCUAUCCAAGAGCAAGGAUGUGCGGCAUGCUGACAGAUGGGGCCUUGGGGAAAAGAGGUCAAGGGUAUAAUAUUUCCAACAUAUCUACCCACUCCAAGUGUGUGAUAUGAGCAGUCUCCAUAAAGGCCCUCUUUGCUAAUACUGUAUUUCAUAAAUUCCAAACCAUGACACUUUCUCUUCUCACCAUUUCUGAAAACAGAAUCCGCCAUCCAACCUAGGGAGCCUUAAAUUGGAAGAAGUACCGAAAUACAUGUGUUGAGUCUCCUGUAAGUUACCAACUGGGGUGUUUGCUCUGCCCUUUCUUAGAAUUCCAUGAGUUUGCUUCUAAGAAGCUUGGGAAACCUCCAAACGGAACUGAAUGCCCAGUGUUUGGGCAAACUAUAACCCAAUUUUCAACUGCUUUCUCACUUUUUCGAUGGCCUUUGAAAUUUUUCACCUACACUGUGCUAGAACCAAAAGAGAGUGACUGUUCUCUUACGGGGUCAGCCUCUCCUUACCUCACACAGCACCUCGUUCUCCGUGUACGCAUGCUAAGUUUCUGGGUUCCCUCCUGUGUUUCGUUAGUGGUUGGUCCCUGAGCCAGUACCACAUUGUCUCCAUUCCUGGAUAGCUAUGUAAGUCUUGAUGUCUGGUAAGGUAAUUGCAUUGUUCUUCAAAUUUGCCUUAGCUCUUCGUGACAUUUUCAUCCUCCCUGUGAAUUCUAUAAUCCAUGUGUCAGGUUCAGUGAAAACACUUAAUAUUUUUAUUGGACUUGAUGUGAAUUUGUAGAUUAAUUUGAGAAUUAACAAUUUGAAAAGCUUACUCGUCUCAUCUAUGAAUAUGAACUGUCUCUAUGUUUUAUUUAGGGUUUUUAAUGUCCCUCAAUAAAGUUUCACAGUUUU